GAUUAUUUGCCGUAGCAAUAUACGAUCACUAGGCAAAUUAGCUGCCAACUGAUAAUAUCUACAGGUUUGAUUACAUAAUAUCAGGAGUGUCUGAACCUGUUACAAAAGAAGAAUCAUGCCAAAACCAAAAAGCAAACAAACUUUCAAUUCCACUUAUGAAUCAACUCUUAAUAACGAACCUUUCGCAAGAGGUUCAUGUCUGCUGUUUAUCAGAUAUAGAAUUGAAUUAGAUCAGCGCAUGCGAAAUGCUGUAGUAAGGUUUCUUGGAAGAUUAAAGCAGUAUGGUGGAUCGGUUUUAGGCUUUGCAAAUAAGACGACAGUGGUAGAGGCUCCUGCGGAUAGUGGUUGGUUGGCACAUGACGACUGGUGUUUUCUCGUGUUAGCCUUUCCCGCUCAGAGCAAAGCUAGACUAUGGUACAUUAGCGAACCAGAAUUGAAGCAGCAUGAUUUCCCUCCACCAAGUAAUGGUAUUGACGUAUUUACGGUCCCUAUACGAUAUGUACCAGAUUCAAUUAAAUCAACCUACUGCUGGUUUGAAUUCGACCACAUUCAAAAUAAAAAAGAAUUCACAUCAGAAUAUGUUGACCAAGUCAGACAAUUGUAUGAUGACAAUACUAUCGACCAUGGUCUAGCCUUCAUUAAAGAUAAUGAAGAUGAAAUGAUCGACAGGUUACGAGACAGUUGGAUGAAGCCAAGGAGUCAUUACUGUCUGAGCCUUUUCGAUUCAGAAGAUCAGUUCUGGCAAAUUCAUGAAGGUGAUUCUUAUAAGCCUUUGAAAGAAAAGAGAAGACAGCUAUGCGACACCACUUGCAUUGUAUUUACAAUUGAUCCAAGAAUUUCUUAAAAACUUUCUUACUAUAGGACAGUUGUUUCCCUUUAUAUAAAUUGUCUCUCUGAAG